UGCCGCAAACAAACACGAUCAACAACAACUCCCACACACCCAUCACACAGAUUGACCCAGGAUAGAGAGCGGGUGCCAGCCCUCAAGGCGUAGGGCUGAUUUACCAGUCCAGCUGGCUCGUGCCGCUGCGUUUGGGGGUGCGGUUGGUGUUGGCGAGGCCCGGCGGGACGAGCCAACUUCAGGCACAGCGAGAAAGUGUCAAGACGUGCAACAUGAUGAUCACUGCAUCCCACCACCUCCGACGGACGUACCGGCAGUGCGCUCGGCAGGCGGCCGGCUGCGUGGUAUGCAGGUGACUCAUUCAUGCAAGAUAGGGAGGGAGGGAGGGGUGCCUGACCUGUUUCUGGGUCUGGGUCUCGAAGUGACAAGCUCGGCGUCUCAAGCCCGAAAUUGAUACAGACACAACGCGAGCCAUGCGGCGCGACAAGUCGAUGAAACUCUCAUAAAAUCGGAAUGGAUACUUACGGGUUGGUCAACCCGAACACGAGAAAUUCUUCGCCAUAAUAAAAGUGCUAUCCCUACCGCCGUUGCAAGUUAGCUGCCUCCGCGUCUUCCGGCGGAGGCUACCGCGCCUUCCCGGGGUAGUGUGGGGUUGAGGUUGGGGACUACAACAUGUUAAUCCAGGACCGAUAUUCAUGACGUAAAACCUUGAGUUUCACACACCGUGCUCGUUCCAGCACACAGACAUGGGAGAGUAAGCACAAACAGAGAAACACACGUAUCAUUUGCGUGCUCUUUCUCUCUCUCGAUCGAUCGAGGGGCCCCGCACUUGACCCCCCAACAGCUUACACCCCCUCCACACACAUAGGUCCCUGAUCGGCUGUGUCGUGUUCAAGUGCCCCGAACAUUGCACGACUGACUCAGGUGGUUGCUGUUCGCGGCGUCGGCGGCGGUGUUUGUCUUGCGGGUCUACACCGAGAGGGGGUGGUAUGUGGUGGCGUACUCCGUCGGUAUCUUGGUGCUGAGCAACACCGUGCACUUCUUGACGCCCCAGAUUGGCCCCGACGCGGAGAGACUACGGGGACUUCGGCAUCGUUUCAGCCGACAGGAAGCCGUCAUAGAGAUCACGUGCCGACGGCACGAUGAUGCCAGCCAUGAUGCUCACGAAGGGGACAUUUGUCCAUCCCAUGGCAGCAGGCUCUUCCCUCCCCUAAUCGGCGGGCGCCUAAGGGAGUACCCGUGCUGGAGAUCUUCGCAGAAAGGGCUGCUGAUUGCGAUCGGCAUGACAUUUUUUGGGCUGUUCGACAUCCCCGUUUAUCCGCCGAUGCUUGUGGUGUACUUUGCCUUCCUCAUGGCGUUCACCCUGUUCAAGGUUUGUCGAGAGAGGCGACGGGCGAGCGGAAGGCGAGUGUGGAUGCUAUGACGUGUAUCUCACGGAAGGGGCGACAAGAGAUGAUGUACUAUAGCGGCCGAGGUUUAUGAGAGAGAAGACUGUAGUUUAGAGUGUUCGGCUGCUUGUCCCGGCCAUGAGGGAAACGUACCGGAAUUUGCCUGCUCGGUACCGGGGGGCGCUGUUCGGAAGGAUAUGUUUCGAUGCGAGUCAUGACCCUGGCACGGACCGUCGGCUCGUCGAAGAUGUACGCAAUUGUGCCCAUGGGAGCAGGAAGUCGCGUUGGGGGAGAGGGGGGAUUGGAGGACUUAGGUGGAUGCUUCGGUGGCCUUCAUCCACCCGUAGCUACGAUCAAUGCUGUCGCCAGGAUUUAGAAGAUUUUUUUUCAUCAGCACGCCGUUGCGCCGCAGGGUGUUGUCGUCGACAAUGACCACGGUGGUGUCGGCCUGUUGCCUUGUUUUCCUGUCUAUCUGUUUCUGUUGCUCGGACUCAUCCUUUGUGACACGGGAGAGGAGCGGCAUGAUUUGAUUUCGGUAUUGUUAUUUAGAAAUGUUUUAUUUAACGGAGCUCGGACGCGAACACUGCAGUUCGUGAUUUCGUGGUUGUCAGCAACGCGCUUAACGGGAGCCCUUGGCGGGAUGGUGGCGAUUGCACGAAUUAUGUACCUCGUUUGAACGGUCGUAUUUACUAUCAUUUCAAGCAAUGUACAUGCCUGCCAACAAGCAAAAAAACGAAAAGUGGCAAGACCAAGGCCAUGAAGAGAGAGGAAAAGUGGCUCCUGCCUUUCUCUACACCGCAGGCGCUCUGUUUCCCUCCAGCUUGGCCCAAGGGAUGCGCCGAUCCGAUGUAUGCAUGUGUGCGCAGUAAGCGGGCUACCUGAUCUACGGGUGCCACUGCCCCGUCACCAGCUCCACUUGUUGCUGCGACGGAUUACCGCCAAACAGCAAGAGUCCUUUGACACCGGCCAUCGGCUACACAAACGUAUGUUGUGUCAGAUCACAUUUGACACAAAAGCGUUCAAGUCAAACCACCAGUCAACGCUUGGAGCAUUUUGCCCAAAAGCUUUGUUUGCCUAGAAAUUUAGGCUUUCGAACACACCAGCAUUUGAAAGCGUCGCGGCGUGUCGCUUCGAUGAUGCUGAUUCGAGCCUGCUAGCCAGCCACAACCAACCGUGAGUACGGGGAUCUAUCCCCCGCAUCACGCCGCAAGCUUGCGGGCAAACACGCGCAGGAGCCUCGGGUUGUCGCUUGUCGAGACCUGUGUGUCGAGCGCCUUGGGGACAUUGCCCAUGUCGUAAGGGGCUCCUCCAGGCAUCGUGUAGUCGGGGGACACGGGAUGGUCGUGGGGCGUGGAGGCAGGCACCUGGUAGCCCACGGGGCCUGGCCCGAAGAAGGUAAUGUGGCCGACCCAAUACGGCGCGGCCGGGUCCAUGCCCUACCAUCUCGGGAUGGGGUUCUACAGCGGAACCUCGACAAACAGGUGCCCGCCAGCCUUGAGCUUGCGGCCCCAGGCGCGCAACGAGUCGAGCGGCCGAGGAAGAUGCUCCAGCGUCAUGGAUGACACGAU